AUGACAGCUACUCCUCCUCCUCCUCCAACCACCGACAUCCUAGCCGCACUCAACCGCGACGGCUUCGUCGUCAUCCCAAACGUCCUCUCCCAAGACGAACUCGCCAACCUGCGCGCCGCAAGCACACACAUCGCCGCGCAAACCCGCGCCGGAAAAUGGCCGUACAUGCGCACGCUGCCCAAGCAAUUCCCGCCAUGGCCCUCUGACCCGUCGCGCGGGAUAUGGGGCGUGCAACACCUCCUCCACCCAUCCAUGCCACACGGGUCCACGUUCGCGGCGUCGUACUUCCACCCCACGAUUGCAGCCGUAGUCAGGACGCUGCUGGACUGCACGGAUGACGAUCUGAUCAUGGAGCUGUACAACCUGCUCGUGCGGCCAGACGAGGACUUUGCGUUGCGGUGGCACAGGGACGACAUUCCGCCUGCUGCGACGGCGGAUGAGGAAUUGGCGAGAUUGAACGAGCCUGCGUGGCACGCGCAGUGGAAUCUGGCGCUGUAUGAGGAUAGCAGCUUGAUUGUUGUGCCGGGGAGUCAUAGGCGUGCGAGGACGCAGGUGGAGCGGGAUGCGGAUCCGUAUGAGGGGAGUCUGGAGGGGCAGAGGGUUGUGAGCAUGCAGCCUGGUGAUGCGGUGUUUUAUAAUAAUAAUAUACUGCAUCGGGGGGUGUAUGUGAGUAGCAAGGAGCGUAUGACGCUGCAUGGGAGUAUGGGUCAUGUGAAGGGGAGUAGGCACAGGGCGCGAAAUGUGCUGCAGCAUGGAUGUGGGGAAUGGGUCGAUGAGUGUGAUUUUGGGGGCUUGGAGGAGGGAAUAAGUAAGAGGGCGGAGCUGAUGAGGGAGAAGUUGGUGGUGCUGGGCAGGGAGGGCGGUGAGGUGGGAUUUUCGCAGGAUGAUUGA